AUGGAGUCGGGACUGCUGCGGCCUGCGCCAGUGAGCGAGGUUAUCGUCCUGCACUACAACUAUACCGGCAAGCUCCGCGGAGCCCGCUACCAGCCCGGCGCGGGGCUGCGCGCCGACGCCGUCGUGUGCCUGGCGGUGUGCGCGCUCAUCGUGCUGGAGAACUUGGCUGUGCUGUUCGUGCUCGGACGCCAUCCGCGCUUCCAUGCGCCCAUGUUCCUGCUCCUGGGCAGCCUCACAUUGUCGGACCUACUGGCUGGCGCUGCUUACGCUGCCAACAUCCUUCUGUCAGGGCCGCUCACGCUUCGUCUGUCGCCUACGCUCUGGUUCGCUCGAGAGGGUGGCGUCUUUGUGGCGCUAACCGCGUCCGUGCUGAGUCUCCUGGCCAUCGCGCUGGAGCGCCGCCUCACCAUGGCGCGCCGGGGACCGGCGCCCUCCUCACGUCGGGGGCGUACGUUGGCGCUGGCGGCCACCGCCUGGGGCGUGUCGCUGCUCCUUGGGCUACUGCCCGCGUUGGGCUGGAAUUGCCUGGGCCGCCUGGACUCCUGCUCCACCGUCCUACCCCUCUACGCCAAGGCCUACGUGCUCUUCUGCGUGCUCGCUUUCCUCGGCAUCCUGGCUGCCAUCUGUGCGCUCUACGCGCACAUCUACUGCCAGGUGCGCGCCAACGCGCGGCGCCUCCGGGCGCGCCCAGGGGCUGUUGGGGGCCCCUCGAGGCAGGCGCGCUGUGCGCCGCGCUCGCUGGCCCUGUUGCGCACUCUCAGCAUAGUGCUCCUGGUCUUUGUGGUUUGUUGGGUUCCCCUUUUCCUGCUGCUCUUGCUCGACGUGGCUUGCCCAGCGCGCGCCUGCCCGGUGCUCCUGCAGGCCGACCCCUUCUUGGGCCUGGCCAUGGCCAACUCUCUUCUGAACCCCAUUAUAUACACGCUCACCAACCGUGACCUGCGCCACGCGCUCCUGCGCCUUGUCUGCUGCGGCCACCGCCUCUGCGGCCGAGGUCCGAGAGCCUCCCGGCGAUCCGGGAGCGAUGCUGGGGCUUCGGACGGCCUGCACCGUUGGCUGCCCCCCGGCCUGGAUGGCAGCUCUAGCCCCAUUGAGCGUUCGUCGCCGCAGCAGGACGGGCUGGACCUCAGUGGCUCUACUGGCGCACCUACAGCCGCUGGGACCCUGGGACCCGCACCAGCCACAGACUGA